AUGGAUGCUCUUAAGCUGAGAUUUGGACAGCCGCGGUUCGUCAUCCAGUCACUGAGGGAGAAAAUUCUCGCCAUGCCGCCGGUAAAGCCCGACUCAAUCAACAAAAUGAUUGAUUUCGCACUAGCGGUGCAAAACCUUGAAGCAACCAUCGAUGCGUGCGGUCAGAAAGAACUUUUGCGAGAUUCGUCCUUGCUGAUUGACUUGGUUGGAAAACUUCCGGCCUCAAUGAAGUUGGAGUGGGCGAGAUACACGCGAUGCUUACGAAAGAUCAGCUUAACCGGUUUCAGUAAAUGGGUUUACGGCAUGGCUGAGGAUGCAUGCUUGGUAGCUGAACCAGUCAGGAAUCAGGAUACGCAGCAAAACCAUGAGCUACGCAGAAAGUCAAAGGCUUUCCUGAACACUCACGCCGAACAGCAGAGUUGGAGAAAAGAAGAUACACUCGUGUCAGGCAGUAGCCUACCGAAGAUGACGACUGCUUUAAAGAAAAAGGUGUACACUCAUCAGUGUAUAGUCUGCAAAGGAACUUGCGCUUCCUUUGCAAAGUGCAAGCGGUUCCUGGAUCUAUCCUAUGAUGGAAGGUGGGCAACAAUCCGCGAAGCAAGAAUUUGUCGGAAAUGUUUGAAGCAGCACAAAGGGGGAUGUGAAUCAAAGGAUUGCGGAGUGAACGGUUGCACCUACAAACAUCACCCCCUGCUGCAUAAGGAGCUGAAUGCAGAGACGUCACCGAUUGGGAGACCACAGCGUGAAGAACAGUCGUGUAACACUCAUCAAUCUGGUUCAAGUUCCGUUUUGUUCCGAUAUGUCCCGGUCGUAGUUUACGGUAGUGGGAUCGUGAUACACUGCUACGCCUUUCUGGAUGAUGGAUCCUCGAAGACGUUUAUGGACGAGGAACUGGCUAAGGAGCUAAAUCUCUCUGGCGAACGCCACCCACUCUGUCUCAAAUGGACUGGGGGUCUACAUCGUUCAGAAGACGAUUCGCGCAGCGUUCAAUUCGAUAUUUCCGGAUUAAAAGGGAAACGGUUCCAUUUCGACGACGUUCGGACUGUGAAGGAACUACAACUACCAUGUCAAACGCUUGACGUUAAACAACUGCAGGCUGAAUACAAUUACUUGCGAGGCGUUCCUGUGCAGUCCUACCGGGAUGUUCGGCCACGGCUUCUGAUAGGUGUUCAACACGCAAAUGCCACGCUUGUAAGAAAGAGCCGCGAAGGCAAGGUUGGCGAUCCAAUUGCUAUUAAAACUAAUCUUGGCUGGGCGAUCUACGGAGGUGCUCCAGUUCAUCAACCUAUGAGUUUGGUGCACUAUACGUAUCAUGUUUCAUGCUGUGAUCAUGAAACUGAAAACAAUUCAGAUACACAUUUGAACCGCGCGAUGAAAGAGUAUUUCUCUUUGGAAAGCUUUGGCAUCAUGUCACCGGUCAAACAGGUCCGUUCUCUUGAAGAUGAGCGUGCUAUGAGCCUUCUGUGUGAGCGUACCCACUUUGACGGCGUCAGAUAUACAACGGGAUUGCUAUGGAGACACGAAGAUGUGCAACUACCUGGCAACAAAGCGAUGGCGCUUAAACGCUUCAACCUCCUUGAACGUCGUAUGGAAAAAGAUCCCGAUCUAGCACGGAUGAUGAAGGAGAAGCUGACCGAUUAUCUGGCGAAGGGCUACGUACGUAAGCUGACUACCCAAGAAUUGACAGAAAGUCACGAGCGUGUCUGGUAUUUGCCUGUCUUCCCUGUAACUAAUUCAAACAAACCAGGGAAGGUCAGACUAGUUUGGGAUGCAGCGGCUACAACAUGUGGAAUAUCACUGAACUCUGCAUUGCUCGCUGGACCAGAUUUGAUGGAACCGCUGAUACACGUCUUAUACAGAUUUCGCCAGAGCCGUUUUGCGAUAUGUGGUGACAUACGCGAAAUGUUUCACCAGGUGGCUAUUCGCAUUGAAGACCAACAUUGUCAGCGCUUCUUUAUGAGAGACGAGGCGGACCGUAACGAACCCAGCACCUACGUUAUGCAGGUGAUGACAUUUGGUGCAUCCUGCUCACCAACAACCGCGCAGUUUGUCAAAAAUAGAAAUGCAGAACGCUUUAGCAAACCGUAUCCAGCUGCCACAAGAGCAAUUAUACGGUGCACAUACGUCGAUGAUAUGUUGAGCAGCACAGAAACGGAGCAGGAAGCUAUCGAUUUGGCGAAAUCUGUCUGGUUCAUUCACAAUCAGGGCGGAUUUGAAAUCCGAAAUUGGAUGUCCAAUUCACCAGUUGUCCUGAAAGCGCUUUGCGGUGAUCAAAGUACUGAGAAGAGUCUUGACCUAACGUCAACCCUCGCUACCGAGAAGGUCCUUGGUAUGUGGUGGUGCACAAAGACUGAUUGCUUCACCUACAAGUUAAAUAGGGCGAGGCUAAGAGAAGACUUGCUAGGAGGCAAGUGUUUUCCCACAAAACGCGAAGUGCUCCGGACCAUGAUGACAAUCUACGAUCCGUUGGGUUUAAUUGCACAUUAUCUCAUGUACCUAAAGGUCUUAUUGCAGGAGAUUUGGCGGACGGGUGUAAACUGGGAUGAGAAGGUGAAUCAAACGAGUUUCGACAAAUGGCAGACAUGGCUGAAGCUCCUCCCAGAGAUCGAAAAUCUGCAAAUACCAAGGUGUUAUCGACUUCGAAUGUCAAUCGAAGGACUUACAAGUGUUCAACUACACACCUUCGUUGAUGCCAGCGAAAACGGCAUGGCAGCUGUAGCAUAUCUCCGAUUUGAAGCAAAGGGUACAGUAGAAUGCUCGUUAGUUGCCGCAAAAACCCGUGUUGCUCCACUCAAGUACCUUACUAUCCCUAGACUGGAGCUUCAAGCGUCACUUAUGGGUGCCAGGUUAGCGCAUUCUAUCAUCCAAGGACUCGAUAUUGAUGUUUCUCAGUGUGUUUUUUGGACAGAUUCAAGGAACGCUCUCUCGUGGAUAUGUGCAGAUCACCGUAGGUAUAGUCAGUUUGUGGCUGCUCGGGUCAGUGAGAUUUUAGACCUGACAAACGCUUCUGACUGGAGAUGGGUUCCCACUAAAUCGAACGUGGCCGACGAAGGAACUAAAUGGCAGCGACGCCCUUCGUUCACUAGUGAGAGUAGGUGGUUCCACGGACCUGAAUUUCUUUGGAAGCAAGCAGAAGAGUGGCCAAUUACGCCCGUUAGAACGGAGGAGACUGCUGAGGAAUUGCGUGCCGCCGUUCACAUUCAUCACACAGCAGCAAAACCGGAGUUUCCAGUGAAUAAGUUUCGUGAUUGGAAAAGGUUAAUCCGAACUACAGCGUAUGUUUUCCGAUUUCUUAAUAAUGUUCGACCGAUGAAAUUUUCUCGAAUCUGCGACGGUUUGACUAGCGAGGAAAUUCACGAAGCCGAAAACUUUCAUAUUCGUAUUGCGCAGCAAACCAAAUUUCAUGAAGAGUUUUCGAUUCUUCGUCGCAAAGGCGAUAACGCCACGCUCCCUAAACGAAGCUCUCUGUUUAAAUUGGUCCCAUUCAUCGAUGAGCAAGGAUUACUACGCAUGAAAGGCAGAACGGGAGCAUGCGAAUACAUCUCGCCAGAUACCAUCAAUCCCAUCAUUCUUCCGCGCGACCACACGAUAACAUACUUAAUUGUACGAAGCUACCACGACAAGUUUCACCAUCACAAUCAUGAAUCGGUCAUCAACGAAGUCCGUCAGAGAUUCUGCAUCAGUCGAUUGCGCCGAGUGUAUGCCAAAGCUGGCCGCCUUCGUCCGUCCGUUUACUCACACAGGGAUAGACUAUUUCGGUCCGAUGGAGGUGUCUAUUGGGAGAAGGGUUGA